AGUUCUGUAGUUAUCAGUAUCGCCAGUAUCUUCUAAUUUAUCGUUAUUUCAAUAGAGAUACGAAUGUCGAGCAACAUCCGUUUUUUAUAUAUAUAGUACAUACAUAUAUAUAUUACGAAGAUAUACAAGUCUACUGAAUUUGUUUAAAUCAUUUUGCUUCUUUUCUAGUAAAAUCACGAUGGAGAUGCAAUAUACUUUGAGAUUAAUUACUUUAUUACUACUUCUUCACACUGUAAGGGCUGUGACUUUAUCCCCGACAUCCCCAUCUUUCUCUCCAAUCGUCAUUCAGGCUGAUUAUGGAAUAAAUUAUACAAAAACCAUAAACGCUACGAUCGAAUAUGUGUUUUUGUAUCCCACUAGCAAUAUAUCCUUGGAAACCGCAAGAAUCAAGAUAGAAAGCAACGCAACUCAUAGUUUGCCGUUGAUAAUAGUAGUGCGUCAAACAACUGGUAUCCUAUCUUGGCAAAUACCUUUGCUUGUCAACGGCGUGAACUUAGAUACUGUGACAUAUAACAAGACUAGUCGUACUCUGUGCUCCACCAAGUAUUAUCGAUAUGCACAAAACGACGAGGAAUAUGUUAUUGUCGGUAUCUCCACAGCCAGUCGCGAUAAUAUCUUCUUUCAAAUCAGCGUGGUUGAAAUUACAGACUUUUAUUUAAAUUCUGGAACUGAAGUAGAGGUACAGAUUUCUCCAUCUGAACCUAUAUAUUAUGGUUACAUCUUCUCAAAACAGGAGAACUCCUCUGUCAUUGUUCGCGUCGAAUCGGAUAAUGAUGUCUGUAUGACCGUGUCUAUACAAAAUACUUCGUGUCCUGUAUUCGAUUUGGAACGAAACAUCGAGUUUUCUGGACACUGGCAAACUAUGAGUAGAAGAGGAGGUAUUACAGUACCGAGGGAGGCUUAUCCAUUAGGAUUCUUCGUUGUACUUGUCGUCAAAGGGGAGGACACCGAUUGCAAUGGGUUAUCAAGUAGUAAUCCUCUUCGUACUAAAAAUGUUACGUUAAUCGUAAAUCCUACUAUUACUAAACGGGAUUAUGUUGUUGCAUCGGCAUCCGCGGCGGCAAUUGUAUUAGGUUUUUGUAUCUCUUAUAUAAUGGCUGUAAUAGUAUUCAAUAUCAGAGAGACCAAGAAACUUGCGACGCAAGAACCGAUAAACGAACAAAGCCAAGAUGUUAACGAGCACGUACCGAGCCCAUCGACGAAUAGUCCGAAAAAAUGGGAUUCUGUAGAAGAAGAUUCAUCCCUGGAUGAGGACGAUAUAGAUCUAAUGGAAGAUGCUCUCUCCGAUAAGGACGUAAUACGAACGAAGGUCAUCCUCUCGGUUUGCGAUCUCGCUCGCAAAGAACCGAGGAUAUUGCGACAUAAAUCUCGUUUAUACUUAUAUUAUUUGGCAACCGUCGCAAUAUUCUAUACCUUGCCGGUCGUGCAAUUGGCGGUGACAUAUCAGCGUGUACUUCAUACAACCGGCAAUCAAGAUAUGUGCUAUUACAAUUUCUUGUGCGCCCAUCCGCUGGGACUACUGUCCGAUUUCAAUCACGUGUUCUCAAAUUUCGGAUACGUUAUGCUGGGUUUACUGUUCAUAUUUCUAACUUCCUCUCGAGAGCACCACGAGCCGGAUCAGGAGAAAACAAAAUGCUAUGGCAUACCGCAACAUUACGGUCUGUUUUAUGCAAUGGGCACUGCAUUAAUAAUGGAAGGUAUAUUGUCGGCGAGUUAUCACGUGUGCCCUAGCCGUAGUAAUUUUCAAUUUGACACCAGCUUCAUGUACGUAAUCGCUGUGCUGUGUAUGAUCAAAAUUUAUCAAAAUCGCCAUCCCGAUAUAAACGCUAGAGCACCGGUAACAUUUGGAAUGUUGGCUGUUAUAAUAUUCGCAGGACUGAUCGGAGUUCUAAAUGGUUCUAAGACCUUUCUGAUAAUAUUUUCUAUCCUGCAUUUACUAAUAUGCUUCUUUCUGACUGUGCAAAUAUAUUACAUGGGACGAUGCAAAUUCAACAGAAGCGUUUUUAAAAGAGUGAUACAGAGAUUCAAGCACGAGGCACGCUGCGGCAUAUGGCAUUUACUUCGACCGCUUUAUCCCGCAAGAUUCAUAAUGCUCGUAUUAGCGAAUUUAUGUAACGUCGGUCUCGCGGUAUUCGGAAAUAUGUAUCAGCAAGGCAACUUCGCUACAUUUUUACUGGCUAUAUUGAUGUCCAAUUUAAUUUUAUAUACAUUCUUUUACAUAAUGAUGAAGUUGUGCCAUAGGGAACGGAUUCUUCCUACACCCGCGAUUUAUAUUUUCCUAUCCAUGCUAUUUUGGGGAGCAGCCUUGUACUUCUUCGUGAAUAAAACUAUUUCUUGGGCUCUUACACCGGCCCAAUCCCGCCUGUACAAUAAACCUUGCGCAUUAUGGAACUUUUUUGAUUCCCAUGAUAUCUGGCACUUUCUCUCUGCACUAGCAAUGUUCUUUUCAUUUAUGGUAUUACUUACUUUAGAUGAUGACUUAACAGAUGUACAUCGGAGUCAAAUACCAGUUUUUUAAAGAUAUUCUUCUACGUAGGUUUGAGAAUUAUGUGAAACUUUACAAUUUUUUAUGAGGUAUUCUCUCGAAUGUAUAUAUACAUACAUGGUAUAUAGUUUAUAUAAUAUAAUAGUAAUUUUACAAAAAAAAUUAUAUCAAAUAUAUAAAAGGCUUGGGAGAGAGAGCGUGUGCGUGUGUAUUUCUUGUGAUAGAAACGUGCUAGUGAGUAUUGUCUGCACCAAAGAAUGCGUGUGACGUUCGAUUAAACCGAAUAAAUGUAUAGACGCAUACAAUGUUACAAUAAACAAAUUUUAAUUCCAGUGCUUCGAUGGCACUUUUUAUGAAGAAUGUGAUAAUGUUUGAAAAUGAAAAUAUAUAUCUUCCGCGCAAAACGUAGAAAGAAGAAAUUAACAUAGAGAAAAAACAUUUAACGUUAUACAUAGAAUGUUUACAUUUUUGCAUCUGUCGUAAGAUAAUGUUAUUUAAAUGCGGCAGUUGCGCGAGCAUAUUGUUCAUCAAUGUCAAAGUCUCUUACAAUGUUUUCCUUCGAAAAAUAAAUAUACAUUUUAUAUA